GAAACAGCUGUCUCACAUGCCGUUUCACAAAACAUCAGUUAUAUAAUCUUUGAGAACUCAGAGAUACGCACAAACACACACAUCAAAAUCAGGUUUACAGUUUCAACACAAACCAAAAAAAUCAGUUUACAAUGCAAAAAACAUCCUCAAAACCACAAGACAUGGCUCAAGAACUCCCUGUCACAACCGCCACAGCCACAGCCAGAGUCCCAAACACAAAGAAGCUAACUUUGAUACCACUCAUAUUUCUCAUCUACUUUGAAGUAGCAGGCGGGCCUUAUGGAGAGGAGCCAGCAGUUAAAGCAGCGGGACCCCUUUUGGCUAUCAUUGGUUUCAUGGUGUUUCCAUUCAUUUGGAGUGUCCCUGAAGCUCUUGUCACUGCAGAGCUCUCCACUGCUUAUCCUGGAAACGGUGGCUUUGUUAUAUGGGCAGACCGUGCCUUUGGCCCUUUCUGGGGUUCACUUAUGGGCACAUGGAAAUUCCUCAGUGGUGUUAUCAAUGUUGCUGCUUUUCCUGUUCUUUGCAUAGACUAUAUGAAGCAGCUUAUUCCUGCUUUAGGAUCUGGCUUGCCUAGGUACCUUGCAAUUCUUUGCUCUACUUUGGGCCUUUCUUUUCUUAACUAUACUGGUUUGACAAUUGUUGGUUAUGCUGCUGUGGCACUUGCUGCUAUUUCACUUUUGCCAUUUAUACUCAUCACCUUGAUUGCACUCCCAAAGAUUAGGCCUCAUAGGUGGCUCAGUUUGGGACAGCAGGGUGUUAAGAAAGAUUGGAACUUGUUCUUCAACACCCUUUUUUGGAACUUGAAUUUCUGGGACAAUGUUAGUACUUUGGCUGGAGAAGUUGAUCACCCCCAGAAAACUUUUCCAAAGGCUCUUUUUAUUUCUGUGAUUUUCACUUGCUUGGCUUACUUGUUUCCACUUUUGGCUGUCAUCGGGGCUCUUUCUGUGGAUCAAACUGAAUGGGAAGCUGGGUUUAUGGCUCAGGCUGCAGAAUUGAUUGCUGGGAAAUGGUUGAAAAUCUUUCUUGAAGUUGGUGCUGUGUUAUCAGCAAUUGGGCUUUUUGAAGCCCAGUUAAGCAGUAGUGCUUUCCAACUUCUGGGUAUGGCUGAUAUUGGAUCUUUGCCUAAGUUUUUUGGUCUAAGGUCUAAAUGGUUCAACACCCCUUGGGUUGGAAUUUUGUUAUCAACUUCGAUUUCACUAGGGGUUUCAUACAUGAAUUUCACAGACAUUAUAUCCUCAGCCAAUUUCUUGUACAGUUUGAGCAUGUUAUUAGAGUUUUCUUCAUUUGUAUGGUUGAGAAGGAAGUUCCCAAUGUUGAAGAGGCCUUACCGGGUCCCAUUGAGGCUGCCAAUGCUGGUGUUUAUGUGUUUGGUACCAUGUGCUUUUCUAGUAGUGAUAAUGGCUGUUGCUACAAAAAAAGUUUAUUUGGUGAGUGCUAUAAUGACUGUUGCUGGGAUAGGAUGGUACUUCCUAAUGAAACUUUGCAAGUCAAAGAAGUGGCUAAAAUUCAACAUUGAUGGUGAAGUUGGUGUAGUAGAAAACGACCAGGAUAGGGCGGUUGGUCAUUUAUGACAAACUUGACACUUAUGGCGUGCAUUCCACUAGAAAGAACUGAAAGUCUGAAGUCUGGGAUUGAAGCUUUUUUGAAUGAACAUUCAACUAAUUGUGUGGACGCACACUUGCAUUUGAGUAUGCAAAUUUGAGAUCCACAAUUGAAUGAUUCUACUUGCAGGUUAUAUGUAAAAAAAUUUAGUGACAUCACGAGUGUUACUACUCUCUUGCUAUCUUUGCAGGUAUUGAGUCCUUCAGUCCAUAUGUAAUUUGGUAGCAGCAAUUAUAAGGAAAUCUGGAUUUACUUUUGUA